AUGCAAAGGAUCGCCCUCAUCUUGACCCUUUUUGCCACUGCUUAUGGACAGUAUAGUGAUGGAGGCUAUGUAACAGCUCCACAACAAUAUUCCUCAAUAGGUGGGCAACAACAAGGAUUCGGUGGAUAUGGAGGUGGCCAAGGUGGAGGCUAUGGAAUGGCUCAACCCGUACAACAACCAAUGGGUGGAUCAGCUCUAUCAUAUGCUCAAGCACCUCAACAACAAUCAUUCGGUGGAUACCAAUCACAACAACCAUCAAUGAUGCCGCAACCACAGCCCAUGAUGACCCCUCAACAACAAACAUAUCAACAACAAGUAAUGCCUCAACCAUCCUAUCAACCACAACAAUCAUUCCAACCUCAGCCAUCGUUCCAACUCCAGCAACCCUAUCAACCACAACAGGCUUUCCCACAGCCUGCCUUCCAUCCCCAACAACAAGUCUUCCUUCAACCAAUGGCACCCGAACAACCAUCUCCUUCGUUUGCCCCACCCGCACCAAUGCCUCAACCACCCCCUCCACCACCUGCACCAAUGCCUCCAGCUCCUCAAGGAUAUGCUCAGGCUCCUCCCCCAUCUUUCGCACCUCCUGCUCCUCCACCACCAAUGCCUGCUCCUCCAGCUCCUGCCCCGCCACCUCCACCAGCUCCUCAAACGUAUCAACAACCACCUCAACCGGCCCCUCAGCCUCAGGCUCGACCCCCGCCACCACCUCCACAACAACCCGAACCUCAACCACAAGAGCCUGUUCCAGAGAUGCCUCGACCAUCACUUUCACCUACUCCCGUCAAAUCCGGGGGACAAAACUCGUAUGGAGAUGAGCCCGUUGCCCCGCAAACAUCAGCCCCAGCUAACGGAGGUUAUAAGCGGAAAGUGUUCCGAAAAGUUGCCCGACGAGUGGUGAAAGCGAAAAGAGCACGUGUGAUGGGUGCGGCCACUCUACAAGCAAAGAAUCGACAUGAAGGGCGGUCA